AUGCAAAUCACCAAGGAGGAACUUCAAGGUUUCGGUGUGGAAUCUCCUGGUGAGGUCGCGCUGCUGUUGAAAAAAUCGUUGUACGGACUAAAGCAAGCGGGACGACUCUGGAGCAAGCUCUUACACUCCAAUCUGACCGAGAAUGGCUACAAGCAGUGCACGACGGACAUGUGUCUAUACUACAAGCACCAAGGUCAAGAAUAG